AUGACCAACGAUCUUAUCAAAUACUUCAUCGAGUAUGACAUUGAUUUCAUUGUGUGCCCCAGUGAUCCAUCCCAUCAAUUGUCCUACAUGUUUCACAAUGGUAUAAUUGAUUGUAUAUAUGGAUCUACAGACCUUUUGCUCACUCAGAUUGACAAGUUCAUAUUGGGUAUGGAAUUCCUUUCCAAAGAUUUUCGCUUCGUCGACAAGCAUAAAGUUCUUAACGAGUUGAACUUGACUGAAAGUCAGCUAAUCGAUAUCAGCAUUAUUGUUGGUUGCUCCUCCCAGCCCGUCACUUUUUCAACCUUGCCACCGAUGCCGAAGCAUAACCCUGCUUCUCAGUUCCAACAAAUGACUCACUUUAAGUAUGUGUUGGACCUCAUGUAUCAGUACAAAACUUUUCAAAAUGAGUCAAGCCUCUACUCGUAUGUUGCAGCUUUCAACGAUGAUGAUUUGAUGGACCUUUAUUGCAAGGGACUUGCCGCUAUCAAAUAUAUGCCUGUGAUGAAUCUUGACGGAGAAGUCAAACUUUACAUCUCUGAGAUUGAGGCUGGCCGAUUGAGUGAUGAGCUGUCCGUGUUCCAAACAGAUGUGAAGGACGAGCAAGACCCUGAACAAGACCCGGCGCUUCCAAUUGGGCUCAAGAUCCCAUCAGAGGUUCAUGAUGUCGUUUCUCAACGACUUCCAUCAGAGCUUUAUUAUUACUUGUCUGUUGGUCUCAUGCCGUCUAAAGUUUUGGAGGCAAUUGCGCUCAAUCAUUUGGACAUACGUCCACCUUUAGAGGGAGGACGCUGUGAGGAUUACAAAAAACUCGUUUCAUCGAGACUCGCAACCCAAGUGCUAGAUGCACAAUUCAAUUUAGUCACCCAGCUUUUGGCCAGGUAUUACCAGGUGAAACGCAUUCCUGUCAGCUUGUGGUUUACAGAAGAGAUGUUCGAUCUUAAUUCUAGAAUGAGCAUGUCCAUGUCGGCUAGGUUGAGCUCGUGGAGUCUUUCUAAAGAAUCCAAAUCAUUCUCUCUUAAGACUUUCUCGAGCAAGUGUCCUUUACUCGAAGAGAAAUCCAAGAACGGUGAAGACCGUGACGACAACAUCGAUAUAGUCUCAACUUCCGUGCUCAGGGGUCUCGUCUUAUUAAAUUCGGGGGAAGUGGGACAUAACCUCGCUUCUUUUUUGAUUGAAGUAUCCAAGGAGCUCAUUCUGAAAUAUCCUGAAAUGGAAGACCACUUCAUUGAAGAGAUUUUUGUUUUAUUAAUAUUGGUCAAGCUCAAGAUUUUCGAUUUCUUUUCCACGGAAUUGAAGUAUCAAGGGGUUGCUAAUAUCUUUAAGUUUGGAGAUCAAGCCUUUUCCCAGUUGCGUGAAGAGCAAAAACUCCACAUUUCAAUUAUUUCAAGAGUGGCCCAUUUCAAGGAGUUUAUUGAGCUUCAGGAGCCAUCAUCUGUUUGUGAGAGAACUUAUUGGAGACUCAAUAAGGAUUUGCUUGGUAGAUGUUUUGACCAGACACAAAACAUUGAAGUUUCAAUUUGA